GUUUUGAUUAUUAUUUGUUUAGACAUGGCGGCUGCUAUUACUUUAAGAUCGUCAAUUGUUCCAUCUAAGCAAGUAUGAGUAUGACAAUUUUUAAAUUUUUAUUGAAACACGGCACUCACCCAUUUCCCUCUCAGGUCUCAUAUAUAAUUCUCCAAAUUUAAUGGGUAAUUAUUUAUCUUAAUACUUAAUGAAAAGAAAACAGUUUAUAUCAUCUCCCCGAAAACGAACAUGAACUCAUGCAUCUCAAGUUCAAAUAUUAAUUAUGCUAUACUAUAUACUAUAGUAUAUUUAUAUAAAUAAUAAAUAUGAUGGGAAAAGAUCGAUGCUUGUGCCAAACUGUUAAUCAAUUUUCACGCAUCCAUAUAUUUUCAAAAUUCUUUGUGUGGACACCAGCGUCAUUUGAUUAGAAAACUGCGUGUAUGUAGAGACCAUGUCUCUGAUCUGGUAGUUUAUACAAACAGUAUUAUCAAUGAUUAUCAUUACCAUUAUUUAAUUUAUGAUAAUCCGCCCACCUAUCAGAAAAAGUGAGCUCAUUAACUCUAUGUACUCAUGUAGCAAAAUUGCACAUCUGUCUGGCACUUCAACAAGAAAACAAUGGCCCUCUUUCCAUUGUCCUAUUACAUCAAUAAAAGAAUACUUUAAAUAGCACUUCAAACAGGAACAACACAAUUUUUUAAUAACCAACAUUAAAGUGGUAGAUUACCUUUUGUUUAUAAUACGUUACUUUGCAACCAACCCCAGACCAAAUCAAACACCUCAACAAAAUCACAACAAAGAAAGUGUGACAAACAGUACAGGUACACAAAGAAAUUAUAAAAUAAAAAAUAAUUACACUAAAUUAUAAUAUAUGAUACUUAUGUUGUUUCACUAAAUUAGUAAUAUUGAUGAAUGACAGGCCCAUUACUACUACUUUAAGUAUGGACUAUAACCUAUACUGCAAGCAUUUGGGGCAAUAAUAAUUUCUUCUGAUUAGGCCUACACUAAAUCAAAUAAGACUAUUUAUUUAUUUAGGAGUAGCAUGCCUUAUAGUAUUAUAUAGGCCUAAUUAAAUAUUUAAAAAUAAAGUAAUGAAAAGAGAUGCAUUUACUCAUUCCAAAGUUGCAGGUGUCAGUUUUUUUUACUGCUGCUACAGUAUAGUUUUCAUCAUAUAUUUAUAGACUAUAGACUUGAUUGAUUUAAUUAAUAAUAGCCUACUGGCAAAACAAUGUCAGGCAUUGCAUCAAUAUGGCAUCCAGUGUUGCCAACUCAUUAAAAUUAUUCUAAAUUUAAUUUAUCCUUCUCAAUAUCAAUGUUCAUAUAGUAUAGCAUAUAAAUAAGAUUUGUCAUUAAAAUAUGUAGGAUUUAGAUUUUUAAGCAUUUAUGUUUCUUUUCCGACUACUUUUGAUGUUUCUGGUUAUCACACAGAGGUUGUUGUAAAUAAAUUUGAGGAUCAUCUGUUUAUUAUUGCAACACAGUUCAUGAAACUUGGGACAGUAGUAAGUUGGCCACUCAUCUAAUUUAAAGAUAAUUAUCAAUUAAUAAGGCAGCAAAAAUUGUGUUUAAUCAUAAUUUUCAUAAUAAUAUUUAGCCCAGUUGAAAUAAUGAUUGUUUUAUCUUGACCUGUUUUAGAAGAAAAUCACUUUUACUCCAGUGGCUUCAUGUCAGGACUGCAUGAAAAGGAUUCAAUAGCUCAAGGGCUGGAACACAUUUACAGUUACCAUUUUUCAGUGGGUUGAAAGAUUAAAUUGGAUUAUCCAGUUCUGCUUUAAUUCUUCUUUUCCAUUGUUAACGAAUUUAUCUUUUUAACAAUGUGUUCCUGCAAUAUUUUUGAGAUUUGUUUUUGUAGUUUUAAAAAAAAAUGUUAUUUAAAAGCUGUAACCAUUAAUGUUUUUAAUUACACAGUAUCAUUUUUAUAAAGCAUUUUAAAAGUAUUUUGAAUAAUAGAUUGGAACAUUAAUUAGAAUGAAGUUUCAAUUCAAAUUUAAAGCGUUAGUAAAAUUAAAAUAACACAUUGAAAACCAGAGUAACUUACCAAUACAUCAAGCAAAAUUUAAACCAUAACAUGUAUAAUUUUCAGAUUCAAGUGACAAGAGAUACUGUGACAGAGGAGUACCAGGAAAAUGUUUCUUUAUUUUCCUACAAAAGUUCUUUUGGGCAAAGAUGAGGUAAUGAUGCAAUUUCUUGUUUCUGAUGAGUUUAGGUAAACUAAGAUGCUCUGGCACAGAGAGAGAUGGCAAACCUUUUAGUGACCAAGUACCCACACUGCAGCCCAAAAUCCACUUAUUUAUUCAACAUAAAUUGUAAAUAAGUACCAACAUUGCAAUUCAAACUAAUUUCUAGGUCCUAGUUAAGGAAAAAAACCCAUAAUAAUGGCAGAACAAUGGCUUUCUGUGCGAUAUUGUGGCAUCCCUGCUCUAGCCUUUUUUAAAAGGCUCCAAAAAUAUUAAACCUAAUUUUCCUACUUGUGCAAUGUAUGGGAGGGGUGUAGAAAAGGGUGGAGAAAACACUUAAGUCUAUUAUUUUGCAUUAAAUUUAUUAUUAAAUUUAUUAAAUGUAUCUAUUUUGAUCUUGCUUUUGAUUUUUUAAGAUGCAAUUUUCAGCCAAUAACACAUGUGAUGGCUAAAACAAUAGUGACAUCCCUGACACUGGCUCUCAAAGACACAACACCAGCUACAGUAAAUGCAAUAACUGACUUAAUUAAAUCUUGUUUGUGACAUUUUCGAAAUGCUUUUUCUUAUCAUCUGUGAGGGUUUGAAAUACUUUAUCUUAUAAACGAUUGUUUCUGUGAAAGAAUGUUUGUGAACAUGUGAAAUGUUAACUCAUCCCCGAUGGUUGCGACUAAAUGCGUCCUCUGGGGGGUUCCUCCUGAUGCGUCCAAAUGCGUCCCGGCGCAUAGCGACACACCUCUUAUUUUUAGUUAAAAAUAGCAAUGAAAUCUCGCGUCCCUCGAGAAUUCCUGCUAUGGCGUGAUUUCUGCGUGAUUUUAAUUUAGAAACCGGAAGUUUUUAUCUUGUUUCACUUUUAAACUACGUGUGCUUUAGUACGGCGCAUCAAUAUGUAGCAUGUGUUCGUCAGAGGUGCAGAAAAUCGUUUUUUUUGGCCAUUGUUCGUUAUUUUUUCCCCGCUUAUGUUAUAUUUAUAUUAAUCCCUAUUCAUUUUUUGUUGCAUUUUUUCUUAAUUUAUUAACAUUAAAUAAUAUUUAGCAACUUAAAAAAAUUUAAAAAAAAUGUAAAUCAAUUUCAAAACUGAGUUGCUUUCCUUUUCUCAGGAAAAUAAAUUAAGUCCGGAAGUAGCACUGCCUGAGGGAAUGAGUUAAUGCAUUUAAAAAUGAUGUAGGUUUUGUAAUUUUUAAAUUUAAUUGAUCAUAAAAAUUACAAAAUUAGAUUCUUAUGUUUGCUUGUUAUUGUUGCUCAUUGUAAACAAUGUGGAUUGCCAACUGUUACCAUUUUUAAAGUUUUAAAAAAGUAAAUUAAAUUUACAAAUUUACAAAUAAUAUAUAAUACCAAAAUUAUUAAAUUUUUAUUAAAUACAUAUUUAUUGAAAUGUAGAAAAAAUAAUAGUUUAGACCCAUCCAACAAGUUAUCACAGCUGGUAUCUUAUAUAAUAGAUUUCAUCCUCAUCUUAAAUACUAAGAAAUUAUAAUAAUUCCUAGACAUUACAUAAUCCUGUAAUGUAAAUGAAUGUUUAAUAACUUUUACUAUUACUAAUUUAAGUUAUCUGAACAUAGAAAUUGGCUUAAGAGAUUUACUAAAUGUACAUGUAGCACUAAGUUUGAGGUCAUUUGCAUCUAAAACAAAUAAUAUAUUUUUUAAUUCCUGUAAUGUAAACAAAUAUUUAAUAAUUUGUACUAUUUAAGUUAUCUGAACAUAGAAAUUUGCUUAAGAAAUUUACUAGAACUAAGUUUGACGUCAUUUUUCAUAUAAAACCAAAGAACACAUUUCUACAAAACAUUUAAGUUAAAUACAAUAAAGAAACUAAUAUUGUAUUAAAUCUGGCAGCUCACAAUCAAGCCCUUUACAACAUAUUCACAAAAUAAAACUUGAUUAGGCCUGGCUGUACAGCAUGUUAUGCAUAUUCCUCUUCUGUAAUAAUAUAUUUUUUAAUGCAUUUAGCUUCCUGAUAUCUUACGUGAAGAAUAGUAAUUUUGUUUGAUGAAGUGUAUAGUUUUAUAUUUUGUAUAUUGCUUCAUAAGUGAAGUUUAUUUCAUAAUAUUUUUUUCAUCAACAUUGUUGCAAUGAAGCUAUUAAAAAAAAUUAUUAUAUAUUAAAUGGGUACUCCAAAAUAAAAAAGAUGAACAAUAUAAUCGUGUGAACCUUUAAAUAAAAAUUAGGUUACAUGGACGGAAAUGACCAUGCUCUUAUACCUUUUACAAAGAAAAAUUAAGAGCUUUAACAUAAGACUGACUAAUUGCCUAUCAACAGUAUCAAUGACACAAAUAAAUAUGUCAAGUAUAAGUCAGCAAAAAUACCUCCAUUUGUUUAAAUUAUAUUCUUGAAGCAUUUCAAUUAUAAAUGCAAUAAUUGAUACAUAGAGCACUGUCAAAAUAAAGAAGAAAAAAAAAAAACUGGACCCAAAAGUUACUUUUCAUGUUCUCUUCAAGUGAAGCAUCUUCACCUCUCUGUUGAUUCCUGUGCUUAUUAUUCAGUUUAAAAAAUCAAACAUGACCAUUUCGAGUUAGAAUACUCUCUACCUUAGUCGUAUGAGAGAUGCUACAUAAAUCCAUAUGGACAUAACAUUAUUGGUGUAGCCAUGUACGUAGACAGCCAAUGCAAAUUCCACAUCACUUGUCUCCUGGGCAUGCACACCUGUAGAGAAAACUGUUUCUGUGAUGCUGUCCAUGUCUGUGUAAGGGAUGUUGAGUGGAAAUCCUGAAACCUGUAAAAGACAAAAGAUAAUAUUGAGAGUGGAAAAAAAAAUGGUAUCAAGAUUAUAUUUAUACCUCGAAUACUUCAAAAUUGUUUCUUUAAAAAUAAAGUUUGGUUUAGGACUACCGAGACAAUCUUAAAAAUUGUGGACAUAAAAAUUCAAAACACAUUCAGAAAUAAGCUCUGGUUUUACAAUUUUUGUAAAGAGCAUUUUAAAGUAUUGUUUACCUUGUAUGAUUUGAAUGAGUCUUCAAGAUCUCUUAAAUUGGAUUCAUCAAUUGGCUUUCCACAGUUUUCUUCUAGCCUGUUGAGGGAAAGUGACAUGAAAUAUGAUACAUGUAACUACUGGCCAGUUCUUAUAAUUGCUAAAAAAUGCUGUUGAAUUAUUUUGAUAACUUAAUAUCACAACUUAUCAUUUUAAUUUAUAUUCAUUUAAUAAAUGACAAUGUUGUCAAUCACUAUUUAACAGAGCCCUUCCACCUUUCAAAAAACAAAAAAUAAAUUAACAAGCAUUUAA